UCCGUCUGUCGUCCUGUUUUAUGAACAUGACGUGGCUGGGUGAAUUUAGGAUACUGGCAGUUUUACUUGUCUUUACUUUUCCAGGUGCAGACUGUCAACUGGUGGUUUCUCCUGUUGGUCCUACCCAGGUGAGGGAACUGGCUGGCAACAAUGUAACUCUGGUUGUGUCCUUCAGUGGUGCCUCUGACCCAGCCCUUACCUGGUUUAUGAGAGGACUUCCUGUCGUCACUUGGGCUAUUAACUCUCUUGAUUCCCCACGUAUUGCCGAAAACAGCCAGGACGUGCUGAAGCUUGAGCAAAGUGGAUCCCUUACCUUUGUCAAUGUGUUGCUUAACUAUACCAGUAACUACACCAUUGAAAUGACAAAGGCAGGACUGGGAACAGCCUCAACCUCUUUUAAUCUGACAGUAUACGAAAAAUUCCUGAAUGUGAGUCUGAGAGCUGAGCCUAAUCUUGUCAAAGAGGGAAUUGGUCAGCUGACCAUGACUUACAACAUGAAGCAAGGAGUAGUGGAGCAACAGAUGUGGUUCUUCAAUGACAAAGCGAUAAAUACCAACUCACACUAUUUGAUAGCGAAUCAAAGCCUUGUGAUUAACAAGCCAAAUCGAAACGACACAGGCUGGUACAGAGUGUCUCUGACGAACCCCUUCAGCACUGUGACGACCUCCAUUCUCGUCUCUGUACUGUAUGGACCAGAGAACCCCAAACUUGAGGUCCAGCCAGCUAAGUCUUUCUACGUGGCAGGAACCUCUCUGAAUCUCUCCUGCCAGGCUGAGGGAUCACCGGAGCCAACUGUUGAGUGGGUCUUUGGCGGUGGGACCCUUUCCCGGAAAAGAGUCCUAAAUCUAAUAAAUGUACAGACCAAUCAAACAGGCAAUUAUACGUGCGUUCUUCUCAAUACUUUGACGGGAGAACAAUGGAGAAAAAACAUUCCUAUAAAUAUUUAUGAGAUGCCAUCAGGCAACCCCAAAUGCUCUGUGCAUGCGCUGAAUAACGUCACCCUGCAGUACCACUGUUUGUGGCCGGGGGGUAACCCACAGGCCCAGCUUUCUUUCCCAGCACUAAGCAACACCAGCAGUGGAGCGGGGACCUUCAGCCUGGCCGUCACCGCCUCGAAUAACCUCAACGGGAAAACUGUCACGUGCAUGGCAGGCCACCCAAUACAAGAGAACAAGUGCAAUAUUACGGCAAGUAGUCCAAUGAAGUUCCCGCCACUUGUGAGAGCCACAGUUCCCCUUCAGGGUAAAAUAGUGGUCACUAUUGAUUGUUUCACUAAGGCCUCGCCUACGGCUGUGGUGUCAUGGUCCAGAGGCAGUGAAAGUGUCACCAAUGGGACAACAUACCAGAUCAGCGAUGACACCACAAAGCUUGAGAUUCAGGAUUACAAUGUCGACUUCUUUCUUAACCAAAGCUUCGCUUGCACCUGCAGCAACCCACUGGGCAGCCAGAGAAGGCAAAUUCAGCUUAUAGGACCGUUGAUCUCAGAUUUCCGUUGGCACCGCAAUGAAGCUAGAACCGUCGUCACAUUGACCUGGGAGGUCCCGCCUAUGUCUGUUGUUACAGGUUUCGCCAUCCAGGUGAAAGGACCAGAUAUCCUAAGCAAAAACCACGAUGGAACCCAAAAACAAAGCAGCAAAGACGGAUUUAACACCAUCAAGGAAGAACCUGGCCAUGUCAGAAAUGUGGACAUCUUUCCCCUCGAUCCUAAGUUGACGUAUAGGUUUAGGGUUAUCCCCAAAGCUCGUCUGACUGAAGGAAAGCCAUCUGAGGUCCAGAGAGUUGGUCCAGAUCUCGGGCUGAGCGGCCCUGCUAUUGCUGGCAUUGCAGCUGGAAUUCCCUGUAGCAUUCUCUUCCUGUUCCUGCUGGGAGGCGCCAUCUACUUGUGUUUCUCUUGGAACAAGAACAAAAGUUGGCAGACAAGAUAUCCUGUGCGCAGAGCAGUUGAGAAGGUAAUAACGAUCCAAACGGAAACAACUCCUCAUAACCUGAUGACAGGAGGGCAGAAGGCUCCCCCUGAUUACAACAGAAUACACCAGACUCCCUCUGAAAGAUCAAUGACUCCCCCAUCCUUUGUCGCUGCUCCACCUGUCACUGUCAGAGCUGCUACAACUGUCUAAACUUGCUAUAUUUUUAUGUGUUUUUUUUAAUAUAUAUUUUUAAUCAUUAUUUUAACUAAACUAAGAUUUGGGGAAUUUUAUAUUUCCUUUAAGACUCUACUGUAACCUAAAACUGUUCUAUUUUAUUGGAGCAGUGCAUACUUGCACAUAAACUUCCUUUUUCUUUACAUUGUACUCAAAUCAAAUGUAAACAGGCAAAUUAACAGUUCAUGUCAGUUACACUGUCUCUCAGGGAGAGAAGAAGUUCUUUUGUGUUUGUUAAACUGCAACCAUGUCCCUGAUAUUUAUACAUGGUACACGACCAAAGCAAUUAUUUUAAAAUUGGUUUACAUUCUGCCAAAUGACAAAUGGUUUCGACAUGAAAGUGUACAUAUUUACUGUAUAUUUAUUGUUAUUUUUUAGUUGUUGUUCAUCUUUCAUAAGCCACAGUCUGUGUUUCCUUAUAUACUAUAUGUUCUAAUAAAGAAAUUC